AAUUUAAUAAAGAAUAGACCAAAGUAGUUGUUAAGCCAGUUGGUACGUGUAGCAUUCUAGUAAUCAUGCUGCUCUUAUGUGAAGUUUUGUAGAAAGUGCUAUUGCAAGAGGAAAGAUGGGUUUUAGUGCAACAAAUACUCCAGGAAAAAUAAGUUUUCAUUUAAAAAAUGCUCCAUAUUUUAGUUUAUUAGCAUUAUUGUUAUUUGGGUUGAUUUUUUCUAAUUGUGUAAUUUAUUCACUUAAGCAAAAACAUUACAAACCUGUUGUGUUAGUGCAUGGUAUUUUAACAAACUAUACAACUAUAACAGAUUUAGCAGAUCGGAUAAGAGAAAUACAUCCAGGAACAGAAGUGUAUAUAACAAACCAGUAUGGUGGACUGUACAGCUUGGAACCUCUAUGGCGGCAGGUUAAAUAUAUAGGCGAUGAAAUUAUGCAGAUUUGUGCUAUAAAUCCUGAUGGAAUUCAUCUUAUUGGUUACUCCCAAGGAGGACUGAUAGCUCGGGGGAUACUGGAGAAGUUCCCGUAUCACAAUGUAAAAACUUUCAUCUCCCUGAGUUCGCCCCAGGCUGGAGAGUAUGGAACGAAAUUCCUCCACAUCUUCUACCCUAACCAGGCACUGAGGGAGGCGUAUGAGCUGUUCUAUUCGCACAUGGGACAGUUUAUAUCAGUGGGGAACUAUUGGAACGACCCGUUCCACCAGGAACUGUACUACAAGUACAGCCAGUUUCUGCCGUACAUCAACAACGAGGUUGAGGGCUACAGGGAUGAGGACUACAAGCGAGGCAUCACCAAGCUGAGACGGAUGGUCUUGAUCGGGGGACCGGACGAUGGCGUGAUCGCACCGUGGCAGUCCAGUCAGUUCGGCUUCUACGCUGACAAUGACACAGAUACUGUGGAGGACAUGAGGGACCGGGACAUCUACAAGCAGGACCUGUUCGGCCUGAGGACCCUGGACGAUGAGGGGAAACUGACAUUAUACUCGGUGGCAGGAGUCACCCACAGCAACUGGCACCGCAACCUCUCGGUCAUCGACAACUACAUCAUGCCCUGGCUCAGUUGAUGGUGGCGUUAAUUAGUGACCUACCGUAAUACUCUCUUUCAUUGUCAGGUCAGGUUGAUUUUUGGGAGAAAUUGUAUGUUUGUAAGUACGUAAUUAUGUAAAGCAGCCAAAAUAGGUUGAUAUUCCAUUACUCGUAAAGGAUUCAGUCCAUUUGAAAUAAGUAACCAACUCACUGUAAACAUUUUGAGACCCUACAAAAUUCUGUAAGCUGAUAAAGUAUUGAUUUUGAGAUUUAAACGGCAA